GAGGAGGGGGCGGGGCAGCAUCUCUAAGAGUGAACCCAGGAGGGAGGCUUCUAGGGGAGGCAGCAAAAGAAACUUCAGAAGAAGGAAGGUAGGGAAAAACACCGGUGGAAUAACUGAGAUUAGAAAAAGUCUCAGAUUAGCUGCAUCUGGACCAGUGCGCCAGCCAUGGCCACCCGACUGAGGCAGGCCAAUAAAAAAUGCACUGUGAUAGGUGGCUCAGGAUUUCUGGGUCAGCACAUGGUGGAGCGCCUUUUGGAGAAAGGUUAUGCCGUCAACGUAUUUGAUAUCCGCAAAGGCUUUGAUCACGACAAGGUCCAGUUUUUCCUUGGUGAUCUCUGUCGCAAAGAGGAUCUGCUUCCAGCUUUGCAAGGGGUGACGCUAGUCUUUCACUGCGCCUCUCCAGCGCCUUCCAGCAACAACCGAGAACUGUUCUACAGAGUCAAUUACCUGGGGACCAAAGCAGUCAUUGAAGCCUGUAAAGAAGCCGGUGUCCAGAAACUCGUGUUGACCAGCAGUGCCAGUGUUGUCUUUGAAGGCACAGACAUCAAGGAUGGUACUGAAGACCUCCCCUAUGCAAAAAAGCCCAUUGACUACUAUACCGAGACAAAGAUUCUUCAAGAAAAGGAAGUGCUGCAGGCCAAUGAUCCAGAGAGGAACUUCCUCACUGUCGCCAUUCGUCCUCAUGGCAUAUUUGGACCGCGUGACCCCCAGUUGGUGCCGAUCCUUGUCCAGGCAGCCAAGAGUGGCAAGAUGAAAUUCAUCAUUGGUGAUGGGAAGAACUUGGUGGAUUUCACCUUUGUGGAAAACGUGGUCCAUGGGCACAUCUUGGCGGCAGAGCAGCUCCAGACAAAUUCUCCCUUAUGUGGGAAGGCGUUUCACAUUACAAACGACGAGCCCGUCCCCUUCUGGGAAUUCUUGUCUCGCGUUCUGACCGGCCUGGGCUACGAGGCCCCCAAAUACCACAUUCCCUAUUGGCUGGCCUAUUACCUGGCCUUGCUCCUGUCCCUGGUUGUGUGGCUGCUGAGUCCCUUCGUCGCAAUCCGUCCCACCUUCAGCCCCAUGCGAGUGGCCCUUGCGGGGACCUACCACUACUACAGCUGUGGGCAAGCCAAAAAGCACAUGGGCUACAAACCACUGGUCAGUCUGCACGAAGCUGUGGCCAAGACAGUGAAGAGUUACCCACACCUUCAACGCUCAGCAUAGCUAUCGAAGACCCAGGAAAGCAUCUAGAGCAACGUUUCUCAACCUGGGGGUCGGGACCCUUGGGGGGGGAGUCACAAGGGGGUGUCGGAGGGGUCGCCAAAGGCCAUCAGAAAAGACAAUAUUUUCUGUUGUUCAUGGGAGUUCUGUGUGGGAAGUUUGGCCCAAUUCUAUCGUUGGAGGGGUUCAGGAUUUUCUUUGAUUGUAGGUGAACUAUAAAUCGCAGCAGCUACAAUUCCCAAAUGUCAAGGUCUAUUUUCCCCAAACUCCACCAGUGUUCACAUUUGGACAUAUUGAGGAUUCAUGCCAAGUUUGGUCAAGAUCCAUCUUUUUUUUUUAAUUUACAGUGCUCUCUGGAUGUAGGUGAACUACAACUCCAAAACUCAAGGUCAAUACCCAGCAAAUCCUUCCAGCAUUUUCUGUUGGUCAUCAGAGUUCCCUGUGCCAAGAUUGGUUCAAUUUUGUUGUUGGUAAAGUUCAGAAUGCUCUUUGAUUGUAUGUGAACUAUAAAUCCCAGCAACUACAACUCCCAAGUGACACAUUCACACACACACACACCCAACCCCACAAGUUUUGGGGUGGAUAUUUGUGCAAAUUUGGCCCACUGAAUGGAAAUACAGCCUAUGUGUCAGAUAUUUACAUUAUGAUUCAUAACAGUAGCAAAA